GGUGGUAGAUCUAUGCGCUGCCCCUGGUAGUUGGAGUCAGGUUUUGAGCCGUAAACUCUAUCUCCCAGCAAAACUUGCACCUGAUACAAAGGAUGAUGAUCUUCCUCUCAUAGUUGCUAUUGAUCUACAGCCAAUGGCUCCUAUUGAAGGUGUUAUUCAGGUGCAGGGUGAUAUAACUAAUGCCCGUACAGCUGAAGUGGUCAUUAGACAUUUUGAUGGUUGCAAGGCUGACCUGGUUGUAUGUGAUGGUGCUCCCGAUGGUCUUCAUGACAUGGAUGAAUUUGUUCAGUCUCAAUUGAUACUAGCAGGUUUAACAAUUGUUACUCAUGUACUCAAGGAGGGAGGCAAGUUUAUCGCAAAGAUAUUUAGAGGAAAAGACACAAGCCUCCUAUACUGUCAGCUGAAGUUAUUCUUCCCUGUAGUGACUUUCGCAAAACCAAAAAGCAGUCGAAAUUCUAGCAUAGAGGCAUUUGCAGUUUGCGAAAACUAUUCCCCUCCUGAAGGAUUCAAUCCCAAAGAUUUGCAUCGCCUGCUAGAGAAGGUUGGAAGUCCCUCAGGGGCUGAUGAUAUAGAUUGUAGCAGUGGGUGGUUGGAAGGACCAAAUAAGGUUUAUAUUCCAUUUUUAGCUUGCGGAGACCUGAGUGGGUAUGAUUCUGAUCGCUCAUAUCCACUACCUAGAGUUGCUGAGGGAACAUAUCAGAGCUUGGAUCCUGUACAGCCACCUAUUGCCCCUCCCUACAAGAGAGCUCUUGAGUUGAAAAAGGCCUCCACUCAGGGAAUCCGACAACUUGAAGAUCUCUCCUUGGAUUCUUGAUAAUAUGCCUUGCACUGCUUAAUCAUAAUGCUGUUUGGAAUCUUUAUUCUUUUCCUCCUGCUAUGAUAUUAUUAGUGAAUUGGAAAUAAAUGGACUUUUGUGGAAGCUUGGAAACACCUUUUUUUUUUUGUUGGGGGGGGGGGGAUCCUUAGGUAAAUCUAAUUCACGUCUGAUUACAAGACAUGCUUAUCCUAGCUUAGUUUCUGUCUCUAAUAAAUUUCAGUUCAUCUUUGAAUUUUUUGUAUUUUCUACUUGCAUCAUUGUUGCCUUA